AGAAAGCACAACCCUCCUUCUACAUAUCAGACCAGAGCCCGAGUCUACAAAGUAAAGUGUCAUCAUGUCAACAAACAAUCUCGCCUUCACUGCACCGGUCAACCCCGCCGGGGCCAGCCCAAUCCUCACGCAAAAGCAAGUUUGGGCCGGGCUACUCCUGAAGAUCGGAUCCGCAGAGACAUUUGUUCCCAACGCCAUUCAAUCCACCACCGUCGUCUCCGAGUCCACGGAUCCAGCCACAGGGAACCCCGUCACUAUCCGCGAAGUGAUUUUCCGCGAAGACCAGCGCAAGGUCAAGGAGACCGUGACCGCAUACGAGCCCUCCAGAGCGGUGUUCGUUCAGCCGGAUGGAAGCACCAUCGGCAACGUGGUCAGCGAAGGCGCUGAGGGGGAGCUGUACCUGACCUAUACGUUUGAGUGGGCACACCCUGAUGCAUCGAAGGAAGAGCUUGCGACUUUCUUGGAGAAAGAGAAGAAGAUGAGCAGGGCGGCUGUGGAGGGGACUAUACGUGUCAUGCGGGAGUUGGCACAGAAUGGGAAGAUUUGAUCCAAUUGAAAGGUUGGAUUUGGGUGUAAUCUUUUUUUAAUAAACUGUUCGCGCUUAUAAAGAUCAACAUUAAUAAGUGCUAGCUUUUCAAGCAGCAAAGGUUAUCUACAUCUUCACAUACAAAUUAAG